AUGAACAACACCAAAAAUUUGCGAUACCUUCACCCACUCCUAGAGCCUCCUAAGGAAGCUUUUUCCCUGCUUCUACCCCACGAAAAACUCUCUGUGCUUGAUUUGCUGGCCUUCAAAAUCCCUGUGGUUGUUGCAACUAAAAACGAUAUCCCCGCCACGGUCUUCUUUUCUAUGGAUCAGCCAUCGCUCUUGGACAUCACUCUCUUACAAGAUUUACCUGUUCCUUCCUCAGAAACACUGCAAGACCUUGCUGAACUGAGCGUCUCCUUGUUGGACAAUGGAGCACGGUCACUUCAAUGUGCCCAUUUUGCAGAGGACUUGGGGACAAAGCUUCCGUGCUGGGUUCUGACUUACUGGUGUGAGGUCAUGACACUUCGAACCAAGUAUCUAGAGCCAUGGAUCCAAGCCAGAGAGAACCUGGAGAGAAGAGAUUGGCUGUGGAAAGACCAAGAGAAAGAAGGAACACAGACCUUAAUUGACAAGGUCUACAAUGCUCUCAACUCCGUUUUGUGGUCUGCAAACAUCAGAGGCUUCAGUAACACAGAGCGGACAGUAACACUUGCUACCUAUUGUACAGAUGAGUGGCUAUCUGAUAUCCAGGAAAAUCAAAUGCUUGACCUACUUCAGAGAAGAUUGUGA